AUAUAUGAUACACCAAUGCUACCUACCCAUUCAUUACCACCCACCACAAAAAUGGCUUCCAUUUUGUGGGCUUCCAUUUUAGUCUGCCUUUGUUUUUUACCGGUUAUCGCCAAUGCUCAAGCACCGGCAACCUCAUCAUCGAUUUUGCCCAUCCCAUUGCCGCCUGCUCCACCAACUGCAACAACACCACCACCUACAGUCGCACAAACAACCCCUCCCCCAGCCGUUCCUCUGACACCGCCGUCUCCUAAAGUUUCACCAUCUUCGAGCCCCACAGUCCCACCCCCGCAAAAUCCACCACCACAACCACCUGUCUCUUCUCCACAACCACCAGUGGCGCAACCACCCCCCAUUCCUGCACCUAAAUUGCCGCCAGCUACACCACCUCCAGCCGCCACUCCAAAACUGCCACCAACUUCCCCACCACCAGUUGCUACACCACAACUGCCACCUACUCUACCACCACCAGUUGCUACACCACAAUUGCCACCAGCUCUACCACCACCACAGGUACCCCCAGCUCCAGCCAAAGCCCCUCCUGCACCAGCCCCUGCAAUUGAGACACCAGCACCAGCACCAGUCAAGGAAGCACCAGUACCAGCACCAUCACCUCCCCCAUCAGCACCACCAGCACCAGUGCCAGCACCCAUUGAGCCACCAGCCCCACCACCAGCAUUUGUGCCAUCGCCUACGCCAGCUCCCACAAAACACAAGAAGAAAAGGAGGCACAGGCACAAGCACAAGCACAAGAAGCAUCAUGCUCCAGCACCAGCACCAACUGUCAAAUCCCCAAGUCCCCCAGCCCCACCUACAGACUCAUCAGAUGAACUAGCACCAGCACCAGCACCAGAUCAGAAUGGAGUUGCGCAGCAUCAUCAGGGAGGAAGAAACGGGAUGUGGAUAAGGACUGGACUUGCAGCUGUUGUGCUAGCUAUUAUGGGCUACAUUUUCUAGAGGCGUUAUUUGAUGAGCCAGGAUUUCCCAGUUACUCAGGAGAAUAUUCAAAUUUACAGCACAAAAUCAAUUCAACUAUUGAAUUAUAAAGAGAAAUAAAUCAAAAAUUGACUCAA